AUGACAAGACAAGCUGAGUUGCCAAUGCACCAACGAGGAGAUGCAGUGAGUUCCAUGGUAUAUGAGGCAAACGCAAGGGUACGUGAUCCAGUGUACGGAUGUGUAGGGGCAAUAUCAUCGUUGCAGCAACAAAUUGACCUUCUUCAGACCCAGUUGGCUCUUGCACAAGCUGAGGUGGUGCAUAUGCGAAUGCGCCACUUCUCUUUAUCAAUGUCUAGUGCAUCCACCGAUUCACCAGACAAUAAUAAUUCACCACCACCACCACCGUCGUCCAAGCUCAUGUCAUCUUCUCAUCAGACCAAGUCCCUUUUUAACAUGGACGCCAUGGUGGUUGAUCAUCCCAAUAUGGGGGAGUCCUUGUGGUCAUGCUAG